GUCGCUCGCGCUCGCCCUCAGUGCAGCAGCAGGUGUAUCAAGAGUCGAAUGAAGACAAGCAGGCACCUGCAUCGGUUUUAUUGUGUUUAUCUAAAACAGUUGUCAAAUACAAUAAGUGAGAAAGAAGUAUCACCAGUCAGUAAGUAGUACACCGAAUACUAGUCGUCGCCGCAUUACUUCCGAUGUCAGGUGCGGGGUUCGGCAGCGGGGAUGGCGUCGCGUCAAAUGUUGGCCAGUUUGUGGGCGACCGCCACCACCGUGACGGUGGGGCUGGGCCGGCUGGAGCCGAGGGUGGAGGCCGGCAGCACCACGACCCUGUCCGACGAGGAGGCGGAGACCCCCCAGAGCUCGUCUGGGUACAGCAGCGACUCGGGGGACUCCGUCUCCCUCCCGUCGUCGUCGUCGACGUCGUUGUCCGGGGGCCCGGAGGAGCCCUGGGAGGAGGUGGAGGUGUGCAACGGCAAGUGGGAGUCCCGCGGCAUCGUCCCGGGCGUCUCGGCGUGGACGCCGACCAACCUCGACGACGACCUCCUGGACACCCUCACAGUGAGUCAUGCUCGAGCUGCUUGUCCACGUCUCCAGGACGAAGAAGACGACGUUUGGGAAAACAUUAUGGGAGAAAUUAUGGCCUCGACUGGCCGCCGUGACGAGGCCGUCGCCGCGGAGCAGGUCGACGACGUCCUCGACUGGGGCGUAUUCAUCGGGUGGGCUCCGGUGCCAACCCUCGAGGAGGCGGAGGUUCUGGCCGCGGCCGCGGCCGCCGAGGAGCAGCAGCGCAGGGAGGCCGCUGCUUUAAAAAAAGCUGCCCGGUUAGCAAAAUACCAUCACAACAAUGGUUCUUUUAAAAGAAAAUAUCAUUACUAUCAGUGAACCCAGUAGCAAAUUAACAUAUGUUACACUGACAUGGCAAAUGACCUGACGGAAAAAUUAGUUCUAAAUUUAUUAAAUGUAAAUAUGCAACUAGUUUUUAAGUCCAAGGAAAACUAUUUUAGUACGUUGACGUUUUUUUUAUAUAUCUCUAUAAAAAAAAGAUUUGUGUAUUUCAAACUGAAGACUUUGUAAAGUGGGUAGUUUUAAGGAUGAAUUUGUGAUGAAAUUGUAAAUGCACCUAAAUUCAAUUUUGUUGCAUUUUAUGAAUGUAAGUAAAAUUGCAACAAAUGGAUAUUUCUGUGCUCAAAUUUCUGACUCUUGGGGUUCAAUUGCAAACAAUACCAUGCAAAAAUAAUUUUAAAAAAUGCAUGUAUGUAUUUUCAAAGAAAGAAUAAAUGCAAAUAAUUGACUCUA